AUAUUAAGCGUCUCACUUUCAAAUUAAGAAUAACUGUGUUUAAUACGUUAAUAUUAUUCAUGGAAAAGAUCGAAUGAAAUAGUUAAAAGCAAAAUGGAUUAUAAGACAUCCGAAGCUCUCGUUCGGACGAACAAAGUGAAACUGACCGAACCACAAACCUCAAAGUUUCUUCCACAAUUGCCACAAAAGCGCAACAAGCCAGCAUGGGCGAGCACUGCCCCAUCAUUUGUAUUGAAUGGCAAUCCACCCACAGAUCUGCUUGGGAGAGAUCGUUUAGACAUGGUUCGCGAACUUACAGCGAGCCCCCCUAAACGAGCAAAGCCACACAAACGUAGUCGAACAUGGGACACUAAAUCUCCGCGCCAAACUGCACCUGGUGCCUCCCAACAAGCAGGAGUGGUUGGAGGAGCUUCAUCUUCAUUAACUCAUCCUAAGAAAAACCGGGAAGCUUUCAGGAGUUCGCUUGUUAAUAUUAUAAUGCAAGAAGAUGAGAAACAGAGCCGACCACCAAGUGAAACUAAUGGUGCAACAAAACGACCCGGUUCUCCUACAAGUGCUGAGAAGGAUAUUCUCAGAUAUUAUUACUACAUACACAAUGGAAUAGACACAGAACAUGUUGCCCCCAUGGAAGAUUCAUGGUUGGAAAACGUUUUACAAAUGGUCCCAAAACGAUUGAAAAAUCUCGCUGAAUCUAUUGAAACAUUAUCCGAUGAAAUGAGAGAGGAUUAUUUACUUUCUGUUAAAAAAGCAAUUGUUGAUUUUGUCCUCCGUGAUCCCCGAGAGAAGGAAGAGGAAGCUCCUGUGUUGCUCCCACAUCGAGCAGAAUUGGAGGUCGUACCCAAGCCAUGGUAUCGAUCUUAUGUCAACGGGGCAAAUCUGAUCCGUGAGAAUCUGAAUGUCACUAAUCCCACUAUGAUGGCUGUACUGGAUCUGUGGCAUGUUUCAUUUGGUCGUAUGAGGUUGGUUGAUAUUGACGAAUUUCAUAAGCGUGAAGAAUCAAUGGAGUUACAAACUUUCCAAGGACUUGUAAUGCGACAUAUUGAAACUGCCAAGGAUAAACUGCUCAAAAAAUGGUUUCCUGAGGUUCAGAACAUCUAUUACCAAGGAAACAAACGUAAACAAGUUCCCAGCAACCACAAUGAAGCAAAACUUCGUUCAUUCUUUAAUUGUGCUGCCACCUUGAUGACAGGUCAACUACAGAGCCUGGCAUUGCUUUCUAUUAGUGAUUACACAGAUCUGGUUGCUCAACCACCACUUUCAACACGAGCAUAUGAACACUCUGGUUUCAACAUCCACUUAAUACUGGAUGGUACAAAUGUUCGAUUCGAGCCAGACUUCCCCGACUUUGAACUUGUCCUACUUAAUGUGUUUGACGUAAUGAUCAAAGCUGUUGGAAUCGUGCCAAGAGUGGAAACCAAGCUUUACUCUGAAUGGUCAAGCAACAACACAACUUUAAAACCAGUGAUCCUUGAAGAGAUAAUGCUUGAGGUGAAGGCACGUGUUCGAAACGUGAUUGCCAAAGAAAGUCUCGAACCAAAACAACAUCUCAAGCUCUAUGAUAAAUAUCAUUUCCUCAUCAGUAAACAGGCAGAAGAUGAAGUCGAACAGCUAUUGACACAAGAACUCAGUUUCCCCGAGUUUAUUAAAGAAGUCACGAAGUAUCAGAAACUUGCAGAAGAAAUCACAUUCAGUUCGCGAAAGGUUAUCAGACUUGGGAUGUUUGUCUUACAUUGUAAUGAACUGAUAUCGGGGUUGGCAAAGCGGGCUGAACAACUCGCACAGAAAAUGUUGAUAAAGAUGAGCAAGAAACAUCAAGAAGAGAACGAUAGACUGAUACAACAGUUUGAAGUCAUUGCAAAGAAAGCACUAAGUACACCUGCAAGUACAGAUGAGCUUAUUGAACUACAAGAAUAUGUGAAAUCAGUUCGCGCUAAAGAGAUGACGCAGAUGGAAGAUCACCUCGUGAAGUGCAAGGAACGCCUCGGAUUCCUCGUGGAUUUCACCUCCUUCACUCCACGAGAAAUAAGGACCAACAGUGAGGUGUUUAAGUGGCAUGCAAGGAUGGAUCGUGUCUUCAUCGACCAUGAGAGGAUCGUGGAUGAGAAGACAAACCAAUAUCAGGACGGUCUUAAGCUUCGCCGUGAACGUUUCAAUGAAGAAUUGGAAGGGUAUCAGAAACAACUUGAGGAAUUCAACAGCUUUGGUGACCUCAAUGAAGUCAACAGAUACCUGAAGAAAGCUCAAGCUCUUAGUGCCCGUUUGGACACCGCAGCAGAGAAGAUUGAGCAAUUCAAUGCAGAGGAGGAAGCGUAUGGGUGGGAGACAUCUCAGUAUCCUGUAAGGAAGGCUCUUGUUUCCACAGUUACACCUUAUCUCAAGCUGUAUGAGACUACAGUGGAAUUCAACACAAAAUACAAGAGGAAAACAUGCAGACACGCAUGAUCAAUGCUGGCUUAGCUUAUGGAUAUGAAUACCUCGGUAAUACACCAAGACUGGUUAUUACUCCACUAACUGACAGAUGCUAUCGAACAUUAUUUGGGGCAUUGAAUCUUUUUCUUGGUGGAGCUCCAGAAGGGCCUGCUGGGACAGGAAAAACUGAAACGACCAAAGAUCUUGCAAAAGCCAUCGCUAAGCAGUGUGUUGUAUUCAACUGCUCUGAUGGGUUGGACUACAUUGCUCUUGGAAAGUUUUUCAAGGGUUUAGCAUCAUGUGGUGCCUGGUCUUGCUUUGAUGAGUUCAACCGUAUAGACCUUGAAGUGCUGUCAGUGGUUGCCCAACAAAUCCUCACCAUUCAAAGUGGAAUCAAAUCUGGCCAGGACACUUUGCUGUUUGAGGGAACUGAGAUUAAACUGGAUGUGACGUGUGCUGUGUUCAUCACCAUGAAUCCAGGUUAUGCUGGCCGAUCUGAGUUGCCAGAUAACCUUAAAGCUUUGUUCCGACCAGUGGCCAUGAUGGUACCUGAUUAUGCCAUGAUAUCAGAAAUUAUGCUAUACAGUUGUGGCUUCGUGAACGCUCGUCCACUCUCAGUGAAGAUUGUGGCAACAUAUCGCUUGUGUUCGGAACAACUGUCAUCGCAACAUCAUUAUGAUUAUGGGAUGAGAGCAGUGAAGUCUGUACUUACUGCUGCUGCCAACUUGAAGCUUGCAUAUCCGGAGGAAAAUGAAGACAUCUUGAUGCUCCGAUCCAUCAUUGAUGUCAAUCUUCCCAAGUUCCUCGCCCAUGAUCUUCCUCUGUUUAACGGGAUCACAUCCGAUCUCUUCCCGGGAGUAAAACUUCCUAAACCAGAUUAUUCUCAUCUUCUUGAUGCGAUCAAGAACCAGUGCGACAAACUUAACCUCCAGUUUUACUCUGAAGAGGGCCCAGGUGUAACGAAAGAGAUGACAGAUUUCUUCACUCAAAAAAUCCUUCAAAUUUACGAGAUGUUGAUUGUACGCCACGGUUUCAUGAUUGUGGGCGAACCUUUUGGUGGGAAGACAAGUGCUUAUCGUAUAUUAGCUGGUGCAUUGACUGAUAUACAUGAAAAAGGGUUAAUGGAUGAAAACAAAGUCCAGAUUACAGUUCUCAACCCUAAAGCUGUAACAAUGGGUCAGUUAUAUGGUUCAUUCGAUCCAAUAUCACACGAAUGGUCGGAUGGUGUAUUGGCUGUCAGUUACAGACAGUUUGCUUCAUCACAGACACCUGAUCGUAAAUGGCUGAUUUUUGAUGGCCCAGUUGACGCUAUUUGGAUCGAGAACAUGAACACUGUGUUGGAUGAUAAUAAGAAGUUGUGUUUAAUGUCCGGUGAAAUUAUCCAGAUGAGUCCACCUAUGAGUCUUAUGUUUGAACCCAUGGAUUUAGAAGUUGCUUCUCCUGCUACAGUAUCAAGGUGUGGUAUGAUCUACAUGGAACCCCACAUGCUUGGAUGGCGACCCCUGCUAAUAUCAUGGCUGAACACUCUGCCAGAAGGUGUCACUGAGGAGCACAAAGAAAUUAUUCGAGGAUUUUUCGACCGUAUGGUCAUUCCUGUGACCCAGUGGUUACGAAAAGGUGGUGCGAAGGAACUCUCCCCUACAAACAACACAAACUUGGCUGUUUCACUUAUGAGGUUAAUGGAAGCACAAAUGGAUGAUUUUAAAGAUUCUGCAAAAAUUAAAGCCAUGGAUCAGCGCGAAGUAGUUGCAUGGAUUGAAGGCAUUUUCCUUUUCUCAUACAUCUGGUCAGUUGGCGCAACAACUGACACCGACAGUCGCGUCAAGUUUGACAAGCUCCUCCGUGAGAUUAUGGAUGGUCCUCUUAGUGAGGAGACAAAGAAUGAGUACCACAUUAUUGAUCCAGUUCUUCCUCCCAGCAAAUCUUUCUCUGCUCCAAUCCCUAGAAGUGCCGAUGUCUUUAGUUGGCGAUUCAUUAAAGAAGGAAUGGGGAAAUGGGAAAAGUGGACAGAGUCAAUAAAAGAUGCUCCACCACUUCCAAAGGAUAUUUCCUUCAAUGAAAUUACCAUUCCAACCCAAGAUACCGUCAGAUAUUCCUCCCUGGUCAAACUACUUGUCACCCACCAAGUCCCUGUGCUUCUGGUUGGUCCAACUGGUACCGGAAAAUCUGUCUACAUUAAUAACUUCUUAACCAACCAACUAGACAAGGAUGCAUACAAACCAAUGAACAUUAACUUCUCUGCACAAACAACUGCAAAACAAACCCAGAACAUUAUCAUGUCUAAACUAGACAAGCGAAGAAAAGGUGUCUAUGGGCCUCCACUUGGAAAGAAAACGGUGGUUUUUGUUGAUGAUAUAAACAUGCCACAACGUGAGACAUACGGAGCACAACCACCUAUUGAACUACUCAGACAGUGGCUUGACCACUGGAACUGGUACGAUUUAUCAGACUGCACGAUGAUCAAACUUGUCGAUAUUCAGCUCAUGGCAGCAAUGGGACCUGCUGGUGGUGGACGUAACCCGAUCACACCAAGAUUUCUUCGUCAUUUCAACACAAUCACCAUCAACGUGUUCGAUAAUGAGGCAAUGUCAACUAUCUUUACCAGGAUCCUGCAUUGGCAUUUCGCAAUAAGAAACACCUUUGACAAAAAUUUCAUUAGUUUGGUUCCACAAAUCGUAGAAUGCACAUCAGAUGUUUAUCACUCUGCUGCACAGAACCUGUUACCGACUCCAGCCAAAUCUCAUUAUUUGUUCAACUUGAGAGAUUUUAGCAGAAUCAUUGGUGGCAUAUGUCUCUCAGUACCACAGUCAGCACCUGAGAUAAAUGUCAUUAAAAGGCUGUGGUUUCAUGAGGUCAUGCGAGUUUAUUACGAUCGUCUGGUUGACAAUCAAGACAAGGAAUGGGUGUUCAAUCACAUGAAGGGAGUCGUCAAUGAUAAGUUUGGGAUAAAUUUCCAUGAACUUUUCAAACAUCUUGACUACAAUAAUGAUGGAGAGGUAGAAGAGGAUGACCUUCGCAGUUUAAUGUUUUGUGAUUUUACUCCAAAGAACGAGAACAAACUUUACGUUGAAGUGGAGAAUGUUAAUAAACUCCGAGAAGUCGUCGAAUCUCAUCUCGAUGAGUUCAACAACAUGAGCAAGAAACCAAUGAACCUUGUUAUAUUCAGAUUUGCAAUCGAGCAUGUAUGUCGUAUAUCAAGGAUAUUAAAACAACCAAGAAGUCAUGCGUUGUUGGUCGGCGUUGGUGGUUCUGGUCGUCAAUCUCUCACCAGACUUGCUUCACACAUGGCUGACUAUGAGUUGUUCCAGGUGGAGAUCUCGAAAGGUUAUACUUCCGUCGAGUGGCGAGAGGAUUUGAAAGUGAUUCUCCGUAAAUCAACGGAGGGUGAACAACAUGGAGCUUUCCUCUUCACCGAUGUUCAGAUUAAAGAAGAAUCAUUCCUCGAAGAUAUUAACAAUCUUCUUAAUACUGGAGAGGUUCCCAACAUGUUUGCCGCUGAUGAAAAACAAGAAAUUAUCGAAAAAAUGCGCCAAGUUGACAGACAGCGUGACAAGUCCAAACAAACUGAUGGAACACCAGUCGCUCUCUUUCAACUGUUUAUUGACCGAUGUCGAGACCAGCUUCACGUUAUUCUUGCAAUGAGUCCAAUUGGUGACGCAUUCCGUACCAGACUUCGUAAAUUCCCUUCCCUGGUCAACUGCUGCACUAUCGACUGGUUCCAGUCUUGGCCGGAGGAUGCACUGACUGCUGUUGCUUCACGAUUCUUGGAAGAUGUUGAAAUGUCGGAUGAGCAUAGAACUGGAUGUAUUGAGAUGUGUAAAAGAUUCCACACAUCCACACGUACACUCUCUGAGCGAUUCCUGAACGAGCUACAAAGACACAACUACGUUACCCCCACAUCAUACCUUGAAUUAAUCAACACGUUCAAGUCAUUGCUCGGUAAAAAGAGAACAGAGGUUCACAAACUUAAGAGGAGAUACGAAGUUGGUCUUGAAAAGUUGAACUCAGCAGCUUCACAGGUUGCCGACAUGCAAAAAGAGCUUACUGACCUUCAACCCCAACUAGUGGUAGCGAGCAAGGAGGUUGAUGAGAUCAUGGUGAACGUGGAACGGGAGAGUAUCGAGGUUGCAAAAGUGGAAAAGGUUGUGAAAGCAGACGAAGCCGUUGCUAAUGAUCAAGCUAAAGUAGCAAAAGGAAUCAAAGAUGAAUGUGACGCUGACCUUGCUGAAGCUAUUCCCAUAUUGGAGGCUGCAUUGUCUGCAUUGAACACACUCACACCUGCAGAUAUUACAGUCGUCAAAUCUAUGAAGAAUCCACCAGCUGCUGUUAAACUAACCAUGGAAACUAUUUGUAUUCUCAAAAACAUUAAACCCGAGAGAAUUCCUGAUCCAUCUGGUUCAGGUAAAAAGAUUGAAGAUUAUUGGGUUCCAUCUAAGAAACUUCUUGGUGACAUGAAGUUUUUACAAUCCCUUCAAGAUUAUGACAAGGACAAUAUUCCACCUAACCUAAUGAAAAUUAUCAGAUCAAAAUACAUUCCAAACCCGGAGUUUGUCCCUGAAAAGAUCCGUAAUGCUUCCACCGCAUGUGAGGGGUUAUGUAAAUGGGUUCGAGCCAUGGAUUCCUAUGAUAAAGUUGCCAAAGUUGUUGCUCCAAAGAAAAUCAAACUGAAGGGAGCAGAAGCAGAAUUGAAAGUAGCCAUGGCUAGUUUAAGGAAAAAGCAAGCUGCGCUGAAAGAAGUUCAAGACAAACUACAAAUUCUACAAGAUAAAUUGGAAUUUAACAAACAGAAAAAAGCUGAUCUUGAAAACCAGGUUGAUCUCUGCAGCAAAAAGCUUCAUCGUGCCACGCAACUUAUAGAGAGCUUGGGAGGUGAGAAAGACAGGUGGGGCGAGACGGCCCAUGCUCUCGGUAUAACGUUCAACAACUUGACUGGUGAUGUGUUGAUUGCAUCUGGCAUCGUGGCUUACCUGGGAACUUUCACUUCCAAAUUUCGAGAGGAUCAAACAGCUGAAUGGUUAAAGAGUUGUCGUGCGGACGACAUUCCAUGCACUGAUAAUGUAAAUCUGCAUAUGGUGCUUGGUGAACCAGUGAAAAUACGGCAGUGGAAUAUAUCUGGUCUUCCUACUGACAGUUUCUCAGUUGAGAAUGGAAUCAUCAUAAGCAAUGCACGACGUUGGCCACUCAUGAUAGAUCCUCAAGGCCAAGCUAACAAAUGGAUCAAGAACAUGGAGCGCGCAAACAACCUUCAUGUUAUUAAAUUAUCCGAUUCUGACUUUGUACGAACGCUUGAAAACUGUAUUCAGUUUGGAACACCAGUUCUGCUUGAAAACAUUGGUGAGGAGUUGGAUCCUUUACUUGAGCCUUUGUUGCUGAAGCAAACAUUCAAGCAAGGUGGAGCCAUCUGUAUUCGACUUGGUGACUCUACCAUUGAAUACAGCGCUGACUUCCGUUUUUACAUCACAACUAAACUAAGAAAUCCUCAUUACUUGCCAGAAACCUCUGUCAAAGUAACUCUUCUUAACUUCAUGAUAACAAUGGAAGGAUUACAAGAUCAACUCCUUGGGAUCGUGGUUGCUCGUGAACGACCUGAACUUGAAGAGGAGAAAAACGCUCUCAUUCUACAAUCCGCUGAAAAUAAAAAACAACUGAAGGAGAUCGAAGACAAAAUCUUGGAGGUUCUUUCAGCAUCAGAGGGAAACAUUCUAGAAGAUGAAACUGCAAUCAAAGUACUCUCAUCAUCCAAGACACUCGCUAACGAGAUCUCUGAGAAGCAAGCCAUUGCUGAGGAAACCGAGAAAAAGAUUGACACAGCACGUAUGGGAUAUAAGCCCAUCUCAAUUCACUCUGCGAUUCUCUUCUUCUGUAUUACUGACCUUGCUAACAUAGAUCCCAUGUACCAAUACUCACUUGCAUGGUAUGUUAAUCUAUUUGUGAACGCCAUUGAUAAUGCUGAGAAGACCGAUGUUCUUGAGAAAAGAUUGGAGCAUCUUCGUAACUACAUGACGUAUUCCCUCUACUGUAACAUUUGCCGCUCGCUCUUUGAGAAAGAUAAACUUCUCUUCUCCAUUCUCUUGUGUGUCAACUUGCUCCGACACGAAGGGAUUGUGGAUGACAAUGAUUGGAGGUUCCUCCUCACUGGAGGUGUUGGAUUGGACAACCCUCACUCCAACCCUGCGACCUGGCUCCCAACAAAGUCCUGGGAUGAGUUGUGUCGUCUUGACAACCUUCAUCACUUCCAAGGGAUCAGGAAGAAGUUCCCAGCAUACAAGGAGCAGUGGAAGGCAAUCUAUGAUAGCACGGACCCACAUAAUAAAAUCCCACCAGGAGAUUGGGCAGAGUUGGUUGAAUUUCAUCGAAUGAUGGUGCUUCGUUGUUUAAGACCUGACAAGAUUGUGCCAGCCAUGCAAAACUUCAUCACUAACAACUUGGGCCAGAAGUUUAUCGAACCUCCUCCUUUUGAUCUUCCUAAAACAUUCGCGGACAGCAACUCUACUUCACCUCUCAUCUUCGUGUUGUCUCCAGGAGCAGAUCCGAUGGCGUCACUUCUCAAAUUUGCCGAUGACCAGGGAUUCGGGGGACCUAAGAUGACAUCAUUAUCACUGGGACAAGGUCAAGGCCCUAUUGCUAUGAAAAUGAUCGACAAGGCAAUCAAAGAAGGGACUUGGGUGGUGUUGCAGAACUGCCAUCUUGCCACAUCAUGGAUGUCAACUCUGGAAAAGAUUUGUGAGGAAACACUGAACCCUGAUUCAAUCCACCCGGACUUCCGACUCUGGUUAACGAGCUACCCAUCCAACAACUUUCCCGUUGCUGUGUUGCAAAACGGGGUCAAGAUGACAAAUGAACCCCCCAAAGGAUUAAAGUCCAAUAUAUUACGUUCUUAUCUCAGCGAUCCAAUCUCUGAUCCUGAGUUCUUCACAAGUUGCAAACAACCAGUUGCAUUCAAGAGGUUGUUGUUUGGAUUAUGUUUCUUCCAUGCUCUUGUGCAAGAACGUAGACAGUUUGGUCCACUAGGAUGGAACAUACCUUAUGAAUUCAAUGAAACAGAUCUCCGUAUCUCUGUGCGACAACUGCAUAUGUUCCUCAAUCAAUAUGAGUUUGUUCCAAUAUCUGCGUUGAAAUACUUGGCUGGUGAAUGUAACUACGGCGGUCGUGUGACUGACGACUGGGAUCGACGGACAUUAAACUCAGUGCUACAGCGUGGUUACAGUGAUAAUGUGGUCAAUGCCGACACCUGGAGUUUUGAUGAAAAUGAACUUUACCACCGGCCACCAGAGGGAGAUUGGGAGAGCUACCUUGAGUUCUGCAAGAACCUACCAUUGCUUGCUGAACCUCAGGUGUUUGGCAUGCAUGCCAAUGCUGAUAUCACAAAGGACCAGAAUGCUACACAAGAAUUGUUCAACAGCAUUCUGCUCACGCUGGCUGAAGAUGCAGCUCGUGCAUCUGGAGGAGGUGGGGAUUCUAACGACACGCUUGUGUAUAACGUGUCUGGAGAUAUCUUGGAAAAACUUCCUCCCAACUUUGAUACUGAGGCAGCUCUAAGAAGAUACCCAACUGAAUACAAACAAUCUAUGAACACUGUCCUUGUGCAAGAGAUGGUAAGAUUCAAUGUGUUGACAACCACCAUCAGGAAUUCACUUGUUAACGUGCAAAAAGCUAUCAAGGGUUUGGUGGUCAUGAGUGGAGACUUGGAAGAAGUAUUAAACAGCAUUCUUCAAGGUAAAAUUCCACAAAUGUGGAUGAAGAAAUCCUAUCCAAGUCUUAAGCCCCUUGGAGGAUACACAAAUGAUUUCCUUGAGAGACUGAACUUUUUACAGACAUGGUAUGAGAAUGGACCACCUCCACAGUUCUGGGUGUCUGGUUUUUUCUUCACCCAAGCUUUCUUGACCGGCGUCCAACAGAACUUUGCAAGAAAAUACACGAUUCCUAUUGAUUUGCUUGGGUUUGAUUACGUUGUAUUAGAGGAUAAGGAAUACAAGACACCCCCAGAUGAUGGUGCAUACAUAUACGGUCUCUAUGUUGAGGGAGCACGAUGGGAUCGUAAAGCAAAGAGAUUGGCCGAAUCCAUUCCUAAAGCCCUGCAUGAUCCAAUGCCUAAGAUUCUACUCGUGCCAAGCAAGAAGUCUGAUAUCCCUGAAAGACCCAGCUACUUGGCCCCAGUAUACAAGACAACAGAACGCCGUGGUGUAUUGUCAACUACUGGUCACUCAACCAACUUUGUCAUUGGGAUGUCACUCAACUCUGACAAACCACCAGAGCACUGGAUAGGCAGAGGUGUUGCUCUUAUCUGUCAACUAGACAACUAAGCUAUGUGAAUCCAACAAAUAUAUUUCCACUGUAUUUUAUUUUGACUGUGAAUUUUGUACUGUUCAAUCCGUUAGUUUAUGGUAACGUUUUUAGGUUUGAUUUUAGAUGCAUGCCGUUAUAGCUCUCUGCAUUUGCUUUGCAUUCGUGUAAAAAGUUCUUUUGCGUUGUUAAAAAAUACCAAUAAAUAUACAACUAGUUUGAAA